AUGCUUGCGUUUCCAUGCUGCAAGAUUUUUACAUUCUGUACCAUUUGUGAGAGAAAUUUUAUUAUCAUGAAUGCCACCCCGAACUCAACGCCGCAUUCGUACGAAGUGGACGUUUAUCAGGAAGGCCUCCGUGAUAAAAGACCGGCAAUCACCUUCAAUGCCUUUGAAUGGGAGAAAUUAGCUAAAGAGCGACUUUUGGCAGAGAGUUUUGGAUAUGUCUGGGGUUCUGCCGGAUCUCGCGAAACCGAUGGCAACAACCGGGCAGCCUUUAAGAGAUGGGGAAUUGUGCCCUCCCGUCUGGUGAAAUCCGACUUUCCGAGCUUAAAGACUACCUUGUUCGGUGACGAAUACAAUUAUCCAAUGGCUAUUGCGCCGUCAUUUGAGGAUUUCUACUUCCAGACCAUAGGCGAGAUAUGA